AUGGAAUUUAUGAUCUUUAGAUUACUGAUUUUUAUAGCAGUUGCCUCAUCAAGGCUUUCAAUAUAUAUUAUAUAUAGCCAAGAAGCAGACCCUGAGCUUUCAUCUCAGAUUUUCAAUGACUUGAACGUUUUUUUUGAUGGUAAAAUCGAUAUUUAUCAAGAGAGUGCCAGUGAAGCAUCACUUAUAGGAGCAAACUAUAUGCAUCCUACUAUUAUUAUUGAUAUUACCAAAAAUUUGUUAUACUGUAACAGAAAUUAAACUCCUUUUGCACAUUAUUGUUUGCCACGAGAAAAUAGGGAAAUGCUGAGCAAUGCAGAAGUUUUAAUUCUCCAUAAUUAGAUAUAAUAAAACAAAUAAUUAAAGAAUCUUCAAGUAUUUAUGAAUUUAUUGUUAUAUCACUUGAUGACCAUACUAAAGACUGCACAGAAUGGGAAUAUUGUUCUCAUAUUUCAGUUAAUAAUCAUGCAGAAGCUCUGAUAAGCAUGCUUUCUUAUUUAAACUGAACUCGCUUUGGCAUCACUUAUAGCGAUUCUUCUUAUAAUAUAAAUUUUUACAACUAUUUCAAGGAAAAAUUAUUUUUUAAAAGUGGCAUUAUUGCUUCAUCAUUAAACUUAGGAAACGAAAUAAGCCAAGAUUUAUCUGAUAAAUUUGCCUUGCGUGAAAUAAAAGGUAAAGGAUUGCUCAAUCUUAUAAUUAUUAAUGAAGGAGAAGGAGCACAAAAAAUAGGAAGUAGCUUAAUAUCAGGAAAUAUGUAUAAAAAUAAUUUUGGGGUAAUAUUAGGAAGUAAAGCUAUAUGAGGCCCAAAUAAUGACGGAUUAAUAUUUCUAGUAGAAAAAGGCUUGGAAUCUGCUAAAAGCUUAAAUCAUUACCAUUCUCUCAGCAUUAUAAAGCUUUUAAGCAGCAUUGAUAUAAGCUCUGAGUCAAUUUAUUUUAUAAAUGAAAAACUGAGGAAUAUCACAGUUAACCAAAGCCCAGAGAAUUAUUUUUCUAUAGUAAAUAUUCAAGCUGGGUCUAAAAAAAUAGUCGGGGAAAUACAAAAUAACAAAAUAAUACUUAAUAGUGAAUUAUAUUUCCCAGGAAAUACAACAACUGUGCCACAGUCAAUAAAGCCGCCAGUUGUGCUAUCAAUUGCAUCUGGAAAUUCCAAUUUCAACGGAGUUGUGCUUGGCUCAAACAGCUAUAUAAAAAUCGGCGCAUUUUUUGCUAUGAUAUAUGCAAAAUACAUCCAUUUUUUAGAUGAUUUUAAUUUAAGUUUGCACCCAACAGACUGCAGUGCUGAUUUUUAUUUCAAACCUUUUUCAUAUAGCUGCCUAUUAAAGCAAAAAUCAAAUUUAGGGCUUGCUUUUUUUCCUUCUUAUAACGAUAAUGUCUGCUAUGGGACAAUAAGUGAUUUCAGAGCUCUUGGAAUAAAAAUCCCAUUAAUUUCAGACCAAUGCACAAGCGAAAUUUUUACCAAUAAAACAGCUUACCCUGAAUUCGUUCGGAUUACAAAGAGUUUUGCGUUCCAUUCUAACACCUUAGCAUAUCUUAUGAAAAUUUUCAACUGAAACUGUGCAAUUGUUUUUUAUGAAAAUUCCACUUUUGGCUUAGACAUGUAUAAAUCGUUUUCCAGUGUCGCUAAUAGUUUAGGGAUUAAAAUAGUUAACGAUGAAGACAAAAGAAUGCUUGACCCUCUAUAUGCUCCUGAUUUAUAUAAAAAUUAUUCUGAUUAUAUGCGAAAUGCUAUAAAAACUGACUGCAAAAUAAUAGUCCCAUUGUUGCAGCCUACACCUUUAUUUAACCUUUUUGGGCAGCUAUAUGAUGAAGGUAUGAGAAAAGGCGAUUUUAUUUAUUUACUGUAUUUUCCCAUCGUGGGGUAUUUUGAGUAUUCUCAAGUAAUUACAAAUAAAACCAGAGAAAACGUUAAAGAGCUUGCAGCAGGAGCUAUAACAUUGUGGCAGUCUGAAUGGAUAGGUAGCUAUGGGGCAUCAUUAAUUGAGAUUGGAAAUAAAUUUUAUGGGAGUUUUCUAUAUGGAGGAACCUGUACCCCUUUUGACGCAGUCAUGCUUGGGCUUAAUGGAAUAAAAUAUUUAAUUGAUACUGGAGAAGAUUACGAAGACCCAGAGCUGUUAAAUGCAGGAAUAAGAAAGGUCAGGUUUACAGGCUGCUCAGGAACUGUACAGAUUUCAAGUAAUUCUAAUGAAAAAAGCACAGCCUUAAUUAGCAUUUGGAAUGAGGUGUAUAAUGAGACUCAAAAAAGAUUGACAAAUGUUGAGGUAGGGAGCUACAGUAUAGGGAGAAAUCCAGCUUUUGCGUUUACUGCAGCUAUUACGUGGCCAGAUAAUUCUGCAAAUAUACCAGGCCAAAAGCGAUUGAACCCUGAUGAUUGUCCAUUUAAUCUUCAUUUAAUAAGAAGCUCAAAUGUUGGGAAAACACUUUAUUAUGUAUUUGUGUGGGGGAUUGCAAUAAUAGUGGCGGUUUUGUCUGGGAUUUUUUUGAUUAAAUUUUAUUGGAGAACCCGAUUUCCAAUACUUAGAAAAAAAUGUGAAAUAACAGUAAAUGAUUAUAUUACCAUUGUAAUGAUUUUUAUUGAUUUUUUACAAUAUUUAGCUAUGGGCCCUGACAUUAGGGCUUAUGAUAAAAUCAGCUCUAUUUUGUAUGAUUAUGCAGCUGUCAAUUUAUCAGAGAUUAUUCAUUUUAAAAAUGGAGCCUACUGGCUCGCAAUUAUUUUUACUUUUUCAGUUUGCUAUUUAUGGCUACUUUUGUCGGGUUUUCUUUAUUUGAGAAUUUUUGAAUGAAAAAAUAUUGAGUUAUUUGACAACAUAGGGGUGCUAGCAAAAUUUAUAACUCCAAUAAUUGGGAAUUUAGGGUUAAUCCCAAUUGCUCAUAUUCUCCUAGCUCUUUUUGAGAAAGAUUUUUCUGUUAGGGUCAACAAUUUAUAUUAAAAUUCUGCAUAAAUAUUAUUUUUUGAAAUAUAUUUAAAAACAGCAAUUAUAUAAAUCAUUAGCUAACUACAAAUAAAAAUAUUCUAUAUAAAAAUAUUUAUUUUAAAGGGAGUGAAUUUUCCCAUAAAAAGGUUCCCUAAUGAGAAUGCAGUCUGUUAAGGGAUUAACAAUUUUCCAAUGCGAAAAUGGAAUAGGUAAUAAAUUAAGCGAUACUUAUAUGAGUCAUGACUGCUCAGUUUAUUGCUACAAAAGCCCACACAUUUUCUUCAUCAUCUUAUCAGCAAUAACUCUUUUGAUUUAUUUACCAUUAUCUAUAUUAUGCAGACCAUUAUGGCAUAGUAUAAGCUUCAAUGCAAAUGUUUACUCAAACCCUUCAUAUUUAGUAGCCAAAAGUAUUUUUCAAAUAAUUGCAGUCGCCUUAAAUAAAACACUGAAACGCUAUAGUCAGUCUCUAGAAGGACUGAUAUACUUGAUAUUUUCGAUUUUUUUAAUUAUUUUUAUGAUAUAUCAUAAACCUUACAAUUACGAAAGAUAUAAUCUCUGGGCAGUUAUCUCAUUAAUAGCGCUGUCCUGAAGCUUAAUUUUGUCAUCAUUAUAUUAUAUAGUUCCUUAUUUGGACUAUAAAUUUUGAAUAAUCCUUCAGUUUGGAGGGUGGCUGAUAAUAAUUCUAUUUGCCUUAUAUUUCCAACAUAAAAAGCUCCCAAGUUUGCUUUUCUCAGCAAAAGGGGUUGAAAUCAGCAUCUUCUUUAAAUUACUUUUAUUUUAAUGGAAGAUUCGGAAAGUAAUGUUUCCUAUUCUUCUUCUUUUUGUGAAGAAAACGGAGCUUUACAGGAUGAAUUUUUCGAACUUUUACUAUUAAAUGAACUUAUUGAUACAGGAUUACUUGAUAAUUCUGAAUCAGAGUAUGAAUGAAAUGAUAGUGAUGCAGAAAAUGUUGAUACAGAUGACAAAAUAUUGGAGUUUUUAAGUCGUUUAGAUGGAAAAAUACUAGAUGAAAUAGAUCCUAUUCAGGAAACCUUCAAAUAUAGGAAGACUGAGGUGAUCAUUGAUGAUAAGAAGACAAUCGAUAAGAAAAUCCUGAACACAGAAAAAUAAAAAUUAGAUCAGAUUCAAAUUUUAUCAGAAAAAUAAAAUUGAUAUCAGAAUCAAACAUUAUCAGGAAAAUAAAAUUUAGAUCAGAUUCAAAUUUCAUCAGAAAUAGAAAAUUCAUAUCAGACUCAGAAAUCGAAAAAAUCGCGGAUUACGUGGGUUCAGAAAAUUUUACUAAAAUUUUAUCCAAAGAUUUUAGGAAAAGAAGAAAGUUAAAAAAUUUUUAAUCGGGACAUGGCCCUGAAAUAAAGGCCUUUAAGUAAUAAAGAUUUCUCUCUCUCUUUAAAUUUGCGUUAUCAAAACAAAUAAUGCUGGAAGAAGUCAUAAAAGAGCGCUCAAAGGCAUAUGAAAUUUGUAUAGAUGAAAGCAGAAUUAUGAAUGAAGUAAGCUCGAAAAAUGAAUUAAUAGACAGCAAUUCAUAA